AUGAUCCGGCUAUGCACCCUUCGCGUAACCAGACUUCGGGUAUGCGGUGCUCUCGGCGAGGCCGGAGGGGGGGCAGCAGCAGGCGGCGCUGGCGCUGUCACGCUGGCUGCAAGAAUGCACAGCAGCAAGAGAACGCUGCGCUCCAACGACAUCAUCAUCCCUCCGAUGGAUGUCGAGCUGGAUCUCUGCUUCUCGUUGCAGUACCCACAUUUCGUCAAACGCGAUGGGAAUAGGUUGCAGAUAAUGUUGCAGCGUCGCAAGAAAUACAAGAACCGCACAAUACUCGGGUACAAGACCCUCGCUGAGGGAGUCAUUAGGAUGGAUCAGGUGCUCCAACGUUCAAUGGAUAUGGAGCUGGAACUAACAAGCGUGGGCGGCAAAGUGGCUGCGCCUGCUGGACAACCGGUAGCCAGGCUGGCUAUAACUGGGCUGGCUUCGACUCCGGUAGACCACGACACAAAGAAUAAUAAUACUCUGCUUAUCACAGAACGAGGCUACUCUGACGAAGAAGAGGAAGGCGAGUUCAGCUCAGUGGAGGAGGCUGAUGAUAUGACGUACGGUGCGCCUGCGCGCAGACGACCGCACAGGCAGAUAGAGUUCAACAAGGCAGACUUUUCUUAUACUAAGCAACGCAACUUAAAGCAGAAGUUCGCUGCGCUCCUGCGCCGCUUCCGCGUCCCCGAAGAGAUGGGGGAGCGUGGGGCAGCUCGGGACAACCACAACGCACAGCGGGAUAUUGACGAACUGUUCCAGGACUUAGAUUCGCUAUCGUGCGGUGAAGGCGAUGACUCCGGGCCCGAUCAGAUGGACACCAUCAGCAUCGGCUCCACUCCCAAACCCUCGCUGAGACCAUUCUUCAGCAGCUCUAGGAGUCUUGCCAAUCAGGACCACCAUCGGCAUUCCAAUGAGUCAGAAGCAGUUCGUAGUUCAGCUGGUGAUGAGCGUGGCAGUGAAGGUAAUAGUGAUGGUGAUGCAACACUUGAUGCUCCUGUCUCUGGUGCCUCGGUUUCUAGCUCCCCACCAAAUGAAACGAAGGAGGACAAGCGAUCACGUCUGUUUCGCAGUGCUACAAGCGGUGGAAACCUAACACCAGCAUCCGGCGCAAGAAAGAAGAACUCUCUUGUGAUAGGCACUGAAAGACCACUUUCAGCCCAUGAUCUGCCCGCGUUGAGUCCAACAACGCUUGAACCACGUCGUACAAUGGCUGAACAGGUUAGCCGAGUGCUUGGUGAAGAGGGUCCUGUGCCCGAGUGCGUGGCAGUUGCCCCUGGAGCCCUAGCUAGAGCUUUACAAGCUCUUGCAGUGCCAACAGCUGUUGCACCGCCCGGAGUCGUGCCAGAUGCCAGACCUCUGUUGCAAGCAGUAUUAGCUCGGGCCGCGAAACAAGGCAGUCGACGUGCGCUUCGGAUCUGCGUGUGUGGCGGCGAAGCAGCUGCAGCGGGUGCGUUGCGGGCGCAUGCAGAGCUAGCCGCGCGACGUCCGCACGACGCCCCGCCUAUUAGAUACUAUAUCAUACCAGUUGGCCAAUGUACAGUGUCGCGUUACCUGUCCGCGGCGGAUCCGACGUACGCAGCACUCUUCGCCAACGACACGUGGACGUCACUGUGCGAGCGAGCGCCCGAAGCGCACAUGGCCGACGUAGCUGAGAUGUCUUCCAGGAUCGCCAGGUAUCUGAACAGCAUCGGUCCAGUGAAUAACGUCCCAAUCGGCGAAGCAAUGGUCGCGUAUCGAGACAAAUCAGCCGACGAAGACUCUAGUCAGACAUUUGUUCCUUUUAUUUCUGAAGUACGUGUGGGAUGGUCGGACCCCUGUAGCACGUCAUUGGAGGGCGAAGACGGCUCCCCACCCGCGCGUCCUUCGCCCCCUGCGACGCCCGCCCCAGAUCCUCUGCCGCCUUCGCAUGACCCGCUGGAGUUACAGUUGGACUACUGGCUGGUGGGCGGUACUAGCGGUAAAAGUGCUGAAGGAAGUGAAGCGGGAGGUGGGGGAAAAGUGACGGUCAAAGCUGCCUUCCGAGCACUCCUGGUCACGAGGCAUAACCACCAUCUUGCUAUCACCUACCUCACUAAGGAGAAGAAACAAAAGAUAAUGCGUCUCGGUAAGAAAAAGGAAAAGAGUGGGGAUAAUGAAGCCGGGAGAGCACACAGCGUGGAGGGGGUUGCGCGACUCAUUUGCUCUGCCAAGGGCUCGCAUACGCCGCUUAAAGUAUACAUCGACGGUACAGAAUGGAACGGAGUGAAAUUCUUCCAACUAUCGACCCAGUGGCAGACGCACGUAAAGUCUUUCCCGGUCACGACGUGCAGCGCCCCGCUCGCCUCACUGGCUCCGCUAGCGCCCCAGGAAACUUAG